AUGGGAAACUGGAAGCAACCCUUUAAAACUGUGCGGCAGAAUCGCAACAUUCCUAAUAUCAUCACCAACGAGUCAAUGAUAACGACUUUUGCUAAUAAUCGCUUCAGCCGGGAACCGAUUCAGUUGAGGAUCGUGAUCAAGGCGCUGAUAGGGAACGGGUCUUUUGGACGGGUCUACAAGGCCCAGAUGCGCGGCUCCGAGGAGCCAGUGGCCCUAAAGCACUGCUACUUCAAUGCCAGGUACCAACAGCGCGAGGUGGAGAUUUUUAAGCAAUUGGAGGACCACUGCAACAUUGUCAAGCUAAUCAUGCACUCCAACGUCAUUUUGGGCAAUCCACCAAAGGGUAGCAUUAUCCUGAUCAUGGAAUACAUGCCGAUGAACCUGCUGGAAUACAUCAAAGGCUACCGAAAUAACCAGCAGCCAAAGGAAGCGGAAAUCUAUGUGCGCAUUCUAUCGUACCAGAUGUUCCGGGGACUGGGCUACCUCCACUCGCUAGGGAUCUGCCACAGGGAUAUCAAGCCGGAUAACCUGCUGGUGGACAGCCAGAGCAUGCAGCUGAAACUGGCAGAUUUUGGUACUGCAAAGAAUCUGGUAAAGCAGACGCCCAACUUGACCUAUGUUGGCUCUCGGCUCUAUCGGGCCCCGCAGCUGUUUGCCAAAUACGAUUGCUACGACUGCUCUAUAGACAUCUGGAGUGCCGGCUGCGUCCUUGCCGAGCUGCUGAAGGGAACUCCGCUCUUUGAGAGCAACAAAGUCGAUCUAGAGCAGUUGCAUCAUAUGGUAAGCCUGCUGGGCACUGAGGGCUUACAUUGCGCCCAAGAAGUACACUCAGUGUGUGCUGGUAUGGACUACGCAAUCCGUCCCAGCUGGGAUCAUUUGCUGCAGGUUGACGUUCCGCCGGAUUUGUCGGAUCUGCUAAACUCAUGUUUGGUCUAUGAGUCUGCUGGCCGGAUUUUGCCCAUGGUGGCGUGUGCACAUGUCGCCUACGAUACACUGCGGAUCAUGGACACCUUGGGCUGCCGCAUGCCCAAUGGCCAGAAGUUGCCGCCAUUGUUCAACUUUAUCGACCAGGAGCUGGGACUAGAUGAGAAGCUUCGGGUGGACCUGCUGCCUCUCCACCUAUCUGAGCUGGCGGUAGAGCUCGAGAAGACUGAUGUGGCUGCCAAUGAAGAUGUGCAGUCUUAA